AUGUUCAUAACGAGAAGUCAAGUUGUGGGAGUGCAGAUCCAGGCGAGGUACAGCAAGGUUCCGAUGAGACCUAAGGAGGUUCAUGCUCUAGUCACCCCGAUUCGAUUGGAGGACGUAGGUCCGAUGGGAGUAAUGGAGUUUUGGAGGGAUUGGGAGGAGUUUUACAUGCCUCCUUAUCCAAACCCUAGCUCUACCCCCCAGGUUAAUCUUCAGCGCCCUCUCCCUUGUUUGAAUAUGAAAUUAAUCCUAUGGAAUGUUAGGGGUGCCUCAAAAGAUGAUUUUCUCCCUUAUGCUAGAAACAUAGUAUCCAACCAAAACCCUGUUGCUUUCAUUUUCUUGGAAACUAAGGCGGAUGACUUGCGUGCUAACCAAGUUAGGACUCAAUUAGGUUUUCAUGAAUUUAGAGUGGUCCCUGCUACUUCUAUGAGAGGUGGAAUUUGGCUUUUCUGGAAAAAGGACAUAGAUUUAGUCAAUUAUGCAACUGGGGAUUUUAAUUUUCAUGCCCUGUUCCAUUUUAAGAAUGUCAAAAAAGAUGCUUUAAUCACUGGCAUGCAUGCCCCCAGCUCUGCUGCUCAGCGUCAUCAUGUUUGGAAUACCAUGCAAUCUAAUCUUCCUCCUCCUAGUACCUCUUGGCUGAUGGUUGGGGAUCUGAACGAGGUUACUUCCCAAAGUGAAAAAAGUGGUGGUCGCAAUUUUAGGCCUUCUCAGUGUAGAGAUUUCACCAAUUUUACAGAUGAAGCUGGUCUUGUUGAUUUGGGUUACUCUGGAAAUCCUUUUACCUGGGAUAAUAUGCGAGAUGGGGUUGUAUGCAUUAAAGAAAGAUUAGAUAGGGCUCUUGCUAACCCUACUUGGCUCCACAAUUUCCCUCAAACUCAGGUAAUGCAUCUCCCUAGAAUUUAUUCGGAUCAUUCGCCUAUUGUUGUUUCUAUUAUAAAUAAUUAUGUUGCUGGAAAUUAUCCUUUUAGAUGCAAAGAGGUGUGGCUUGAGCACCCUAAUUUCAAAGAUUUUUUCAUCCAUAACUGGGACCCUCCUACUCACAAUUUUAUGGAAGGAAGAAAGUCUUUUCUUUUGAAUAUUAAAUCCUGGAACCUUAAUAUUUUUGGAAAUAUUGGUAAGAUCAAGAAUAGAUUACUUGCUAGACUAGAUGGAAUUCAAAUGGCCUUAGCUAAACAUUAUUCUUCCUUCUUAGUUAAUUUGGAGCAAGAUCUUCGAAAUCAACUUAAUGAUAAUUUCAAGAAAGAGCGUAUUAUUUGGGCGCAAAAGGCCGGAAUUAAUUGCCGAAAACAUGCUGAUUAUAAUACCAAAUACUUUCACCUUUUGGCCAAAAUUAAAAAAAGUAAAGGAAAAAUUCAAACUUUAAAAUGUCUGAAUUCUGAUGAUUGGGUUAUUGAUAACAGUCUUCUGAAAGACAUUGCUUCGAAUCAUUUUCAGAAGAUUUUUACUACUUCUCUUGUUUCUUGUAAGAGGACUCCUGCGUUCGCUCCUCUUAUCACCCUAGAUGAGACUUCUAUUAACCAAAUGAAGUUAUUGCCAACUCUUGAGGAGAUCAAGUCUAAUCUUUCUAGAAUGGACUCGAUGAAAUGCCCGGGUCCUGAUGGUAUUCAAUCCAUUUUUUACAAAAGGUUUUGGGGGGAGUUGUAUGUCUCCAUUUCAGACUUCAUUGUUGAUUGUUUUAGGAAUUGUUGUGUUCCUGAGGAGCUCAAUAGAUCGUAUAUUUCUCUUAUUCCUAAAUCCCAAUGCCCAACUUACAUUUCAGAUUUCCGUCCUAUAGGUCUUUGUAAUACCAUGUAUAAAUUAAUCACAAAAAUUUUAGUUUCGCGAAUUACUCCUGUUUUGGGUUCCCUUAUUAGUCCCCUCCAAUCUAGUUUUGUUCCAAAUAGAGGUAUUGAAGAGAAUAUUAUUAUAGUUAAGGAGGUUGCUCAUUUCUUCAAUAAAGCCAGAAAAGGAAAACGGAUAAUGGCUUUGAAAUUAGAUAUUACUAAGACCUAUGAUAGUUUGGAAUGGAGUUUUAUUCGUGAAACUUUGCUUGGUUUUAAAUUUCCAAAUGGUAUGGUCAAUUUGAUUAUGAAUUGUGUUUCUAGCCCCAUCAUUUCGGUUCUCUGGAAUGGUGAAGUCACAAAAGAUUUUAGACCUUCUCGGGGGAUUAGACAGGGCGACCCUUUGUCUUCUUAUCUUUUUGUGUUAUGCCUUGAAAGAUUAUCUUUAAUGAUUGAAGAACACGUGAAGCAAAAUCUGUGGGCUCCCCUUAAGCUUUCCAAAAAUAUCUCUUUAUCUCACAUUUUUUACGCGGAUGAUGUUUUUCUUUUUGGUACGGCGAAUGUAGAAAAUUUAGAUGUUAUGAUGGAUGUCUUAAAUAAUUUUGGAAAUGCGUCUGGUCUUCGUAUCAAUUUAGCUAAAUCAAGCCUUAUUUUCCCUUCAAAUAUGAACCAUAUUUUAAGAACAGACUUAUCUUCCAAGUAUAACCUAAAAACUUCUUCUUCUUUUGGAAAGUAUUUGGGGGUACAAAUUAGUUCAAAUAGACUGAAAUUAAGUAAUUAUUCUGAUUUGCUUCAAAAGACUACGGAUCGUAUUCGGGGUUGGCAAGCCAAGUUGCUUAAUAUGGCGGGUAGAUGUACCCUUAUUAAAUCAGUUUUAAGCUCAUAUCCUGUUUAUGCCAUGCAAACUGCUCUUUUACCGUUUAAUGUUCUUACCACUAUCGAGAAAGGUUGCAGGAAAUUUCUGUGGAAUAAAGUGGAUAGAUCUAGGUAUGUGCCACGUACUAGUUGGACCAACGUUGUGAAACCCAUGCAAGCAGGUGGUUUAGGCAUUCGAAGAUUAAAAGAGUGGAAUUUGGCUUUUAUGGCCAAGUUAGGUUGGACUAUGUUAACCCAACCUCAUAAACUUUGGGUUCGAAUUAUGAAUGAUAAGUAUCUCCAUCGCUCUGCCCUUUUUAAUGCUUCUCCUCAACCUUAUCACUCUCCCUUGUGGAGAGACAUCUUGAAGGGUCGUUCUCUUUUAGAAAAAGGUUUGAAAGUUGGAAUAGGAAAUGGCACUACCACGUCCUUAUGGUAUUAUCAUUGGGUAGGAGCAGGUCCUAUUUAUCAGUCUAUGGAUAUUGAUGUUCCUAAUUCUAAAGCCCACUGGUUUGUGAGCCACAUUAUUAGGUAUGGAAAAUGGAACUUAGAUGAUAUUAAUCACUUGAUUCCCAAUGACUUGAAGGAGCAGAUCUUAGCCACUCCCCUUCCUCAAUCCUCCAUUGUAGAGGAUUUUAUUCACUGGGUCCCAUCUAAAGAAGGAUCAUUUUCCAUAAAAUCUGCUUACAAUCUGCUUCUAAGUUCUCCUCCUGAUAGUUCCCAAAGUACUUUUGCUGUAAAUCACUUCUCUUUUCCUUGGAAGAGUCUUUGGAAACUUAGAGCUCCUUUUAAAUAUAAGAUGCUGUUGUGGAACUGUAUGCAUGAAAUUUUACCUUGUGCCAAAAGUCUAAACAGGUUUGCUACACAUAUCUCUCCACUCUGUGUUAGGUGUAACUUGCAGGAAGAGUCUCAUUUGCAUAUCUUCAGAGACUGCUCCUCUUCCUCUAUCCUAUGGAAUUAUAUUUUCCAAAGAGUCCUGAUUCCAAAUGCUUUUAAUUUUGAGAUUUUCCAGAAUUCUACUUGGUCUGAUUGGAUUGACUACAAUUUAAAGCUUAGUGAUUCUUGGAAAAUCAUCUUUAUAGUGGCUAUCUGGCAUCUCUGGAAACAUAGAAACUCUACAGUUUUUGAACAAAAAAUGGGAAGUGCUUUCUCUCUUUUUAAUGCGUUUUAUGUCGAUUGGAAGAUAACUGUGUCAGUUUUGCAGGGUAAGGGCAAAGAAAAGAUGGGUGAGCCCAUUCCUCCACAUCCAACCUGGAUUCCACCUGCAAAAGGAUUCAUGAAGCUGAAUACAGAUGGUGCUUGGAAAGGAAUUGAUAAGGCAGGUGGUGGAGGUGUGUUACGCAAAGAAACAAGUGAUUGGUUUUUAGGCUAUUCGAGCAAGUUUAAUGCUAAGACGUCGUUAGCAGCUGAACUUUUAGCCUUAAGGGAAGGUCUUUCUGUAGCAAAGGCUUUUAAUGUUGAGAAAUUUGAAGUCGAGACUGAUGCUGACUCGCUGAUCUUUAUGUUGGAUACUUCGACAGUCAAUUCUUACCCUCACCAUGAAUUAGUUGCAGUUAUUGAGGAUGUGAGAAAGCUUAUGGUUGGCAACUGGGACCUUCAGAUGAGGCAUAUUCCACGCCACAAAAAUCUUGUCGCUCAUGGGCUUGCUGCUAUUGCUAUGGAGAUGGCGGUGGGUCACAAAUCUCAUUUUGACCCACCUGCUGCAGUGCAAUCUGACUAUGAAAAUGAUAAGAAAUCUGCCAUGGUCAUUCGUGCUAGGACUAUAGGAAGUGAUGGGAACUGA